AUGAACGGCUCAACAGCCACAGAUGGUAGCCAUACGAAUGGCAGCAUCAAUGGCAAUGGCGUUCACAGCACAAAACUCAACAGGGCCGAGGAGAUGGAUGAUCUGCUUAGUGCUGUCAAGGAUCUAGUCAUCCCCUUCAUCAAGGCGGCCGAUGAUGCUGCCGGCCAGAAGCACACCGGCCAGACAUAUCGCACCCAGUCGGGUGAGCCCCACAAUGUGCUGGUUGACUACAUGAGGCCGGAAGAGCUGGCUGGUCGCAUGAAGCUGUCGCUACCCGUCGAGGGCCGUGGUAAGGAAGGUCUCCUCGAGGUCAUCCAGAAGAUGCUCAAGUAUAGUGUCAACACGUGGGAGCAGGGGUUCCUCGACAAGCUAUUCUCCACCAAUACACCCAUCCAUGUGUACCAGGUUGCACCGGCCCUGACAGUCGUGGAAAAGACGACGGCCAAGGCCCUGGCCAACAUGUAUGGCUUCACCGGCCCCAACGCCGGCGGCAUCAACUGCCAAGGCGGCAGCGCGUCGAACCUGACGUCGUUGGUUGUGGCACGCAACACGCUGUUCCCCGAGUGCCGGACCAACGGCAACGCAGGCCACGACUUUGUCAUCUUCACCAGCCAACACGGCCACUAUUCUGUGGAAAAGGCCGCUAUGAUACUAGGCAUGGGUACAUCGAGCGUGCGGGCCGUCCCUGUCGAUGAUGAGGGGAGCUUGAAGCCCGAGCUGCUGGCAGAAAUGGUGGUGGCAGCCAAGGCAGAGGGAAAGACCCCCCUCUACGUCAACGCGACGGCUGGCACCACGGUCCGCGGCUCCUUCGAGCCCCUCGAGGCCAUCUCGGCCAUCUGUAAGGAGCACGGGCUGUGGAUGCAUGUCGAUGCCAGCUUCGGCGGUCCCGUCAUCUUCUCGAGGAAGCACAGCCACAAGAUGCGCGGCUCCCACCUGGCCGACUCGCUGACGGUUAACCCCCACAAGAUGAUGAAUGUCCCCAGCACUUGCUCCUACCUCCUCGGGCCGGACAUGGCCAUCUUCAACCGCGCCAACCGCACGGCAGCGGGAUACCUGUUCCACACCGGCGACGAAGACAGCAACGAAAUCUGGGACAUGGCCGACCUAACGCUGCAGUGCGGCCGCCGCGCCGACAGCCUCAAGCUCGCCCUAGCAUGGCAAUACUACGGUUCGGCGGGCUUCGAGCGUCGCGUCGACCACGCCUUCGACAUGGCCGAGCUUCUGUUCAACGCCGUCCGGGAAGCAUCGACGCUGCACCUCGUAUCGCCCGUCCUUCCCAGCUGUCUGCAGGUGUGCUUCUACUACGCGCCUCCCGGCCAAGCGGUAUCCGACGAUGCGGCGACCAACACAGCCAUGACGGCGGCCAUCGCCCAAGAUCUCAUCCCACGGGGGUUCAUGGUCGACUACGCUCCUGGCGAUAAGGGGAGCUUCUUCCGUGUUGUCGUGAACGGAUUUACUCAGCCUGACACCAUUCACGGUCUCAUCAAGGCUACCGAGGAAAUCGGCAAGGAAAAGUUUGCCUAA